AGAAACACAGAGAAGCUCUUCCAUCCUUUUCCCUUGUAUCUCGUUUUACAGACGGUUGGCAGCCAAGAUGCCAAGGUUCUAAAUGCACGAGAUUUAGGGAAGGAAAUAGGCAAAUUAAUUCCUGGGUUAAGCUAAUCUCAGAAAGCACUUUGGAAAGAAGCUUGAAAUGGAUUUGUAAAGACAAUUCUUUUACAGAAUAUCUUAUAGAAGGAAUCAGUUUUGAUGCCUUGGCAGAUGUUCUUGCAGAAGGAAAGAUGCAGUUAAUGUUAAAGUGGAGCAACAAAAAAGUCACCACAGAAUUAAACUGUGGUCCUACAAAAAUAAUCCACAUGAAAUUAAAUUCUUAUAAUGGAAUAAGUGUGGAAAAAAAAAAAAAAAAAUCUGAGAGUAUAUGAGGCUAUUCAAGGCAAAAAGCUUCAUUUCAUUAUAUUCCCAGUCCCAGGUAAUUGAAGUACAUUGGGAAUAAUUGAUCAUGAAUGAUCCAACAUAAUAAAGUAACUCAGACUAUUCCAUGACAACACUCUCAAGAAAUAAAUCUAAAAAUCAGUACAGCAAUUCUGAUAUCAGCCAGUUGUUGUUCAAUGGGAUUCUUGCAGUAUGCAGAAGUUGUAUCCAUGACAAUUUUCGGAACACUGAAUGCCUGAGACGAAAGCUCUUGUUAUGCUUCACACCUGAUUACUUGGAGACUGAAUUAUUUUUGUUUGCUUGAAUCCAGCAGUCCUAAUAUGCCAGUAUUUACUAGCCAAAUGUACAGAAGAAAUGUGUCUGUUCCAAUGGGUCUGGGCAGAGUGAAGGAUAAACUGGUGUCACCUUGUAUAUCUUGUGUUCUACCACUGGAACCCAGAACUUUGGAAGCCACAAGUACUCAACAACAAGCUUAAAAAGACGAUAGGUCAAGUAGCUCACAACCUGCAGGCAAACCUGUAUUUCCUGCAGGUAUGAGUAUGGCAUGAGAAUUUAUGCAGGUGCAUGACAGUCAACAUCUCCUGUGGUAGAGGGGCAAAAGUCCAGUGUUAUGAUGAGGUCCUGUAUAAUCAAAAAUCAUUUUUGAUGGAUAAGUGCUGAAGUAGUAAAGGAGUCCUAAAAUCCCUCUUGACAUUCCUAAAGAUACAACAGCCAUGAGAUGUAAUUUUUAUCCCUCUAUCCUUAUCCAUAUGGAGUCAAAGAACUAAUGUGUAAGGAAUCCGUUCUCUUUGUCUGACAACCUUUCAAUAUGGGGAUGCUGAUGGGUGAUUUUUGGAGGUGAACUAAUACUUGUGCUACAAGAAUUAGUUGUACUACAAGUAUUAGCUGGGAGUGAACCCAGAAUGGUCCAAAGCCUGUGCCAGUGUAACACAGACAUUCCUUUAUUGAGACAACUUCAUAGAUGGCAGGUGAAGUGAAGGGCAAUAAACACGGAUCAGUUCUCCUUCUGCAGAUGUGAAAUCCAGUAGGAGUUAUAAUCUCAAAAUUUUUAUUUAGGUUACAGAUAUUGAAGAUGAAGGGCUAUUCACCCUUCUUCCUUGAUACAAGAAAAAUAUGUGCUCUUGUGUAAUUGGGAUAACAUAAAUUUUAUGAGGACAGAUGGGUCCUCCCAACUGGAAAUGAUCCCACAGGUGGGUUCUCCCUGCUGGAAAAUGACCAUUCAGGCCCACCUUUCAGACAGAGUGAUGUCCAUUUACAAGGAACACUUGAGUGAUAAAUGAGUUUGUCAUCAGACAUACACAUUGGUCUAUAUUGGUACAAAGAAUAAAAAUAAGGACCUCAAUCACUGUUUGAUUUGCACUACAACUUUCUUCAAAGAAAGCAUUAGGAAGUAUCUAAGAAAUAGUCAUUCCUAUAUAAAAAAAUCUUAUUCUGAAAGUGUUAAUGUUGUUAUUUUUCCCCGCAAUAUCAUAUUAACUAAUGUUAUUUGAUUAUUUAAUGGAUUAUUUGAUUAUUCAAGUUCCUUUGACUUCUUUAUAGUUCUUCUAUGUAAUGUCUGUGGGUUUAAAUCAGGUGCCUAUGUUUGUACAGUGAUUUAGGAUGGAAAUUAAAAGCUUCCUUAAUAAAAGAGAGGUGAAGCUCUGGAAUAAUCACACAGAAUUAAUGGGAAAUAAUAAAUUCAUUUAAGUUGAAAAUUGAGAAGUUUAUUGAAAGAGGUAGCCAGUGUAGUUGCCUACAGGGAUCUAGGGAACUGAUCUCAAGCACCUGAGAGGCCCUUUCAGUUUCAUGCUGCUCUAAAUUAUAAAAUAAAUUUUAAUCUAGAUUCUGGGAAAGAAGAAAGAAUUUAAAAGGUGUCUUUUCCAUGUUAUCUCAUUCCCCAGAACAUGCUGUAGUUAUUUAUAAAUGUAUAACCAGCAGCUGCUUUUUCUCACAGUUUUUUUCCUCUCUCAAAAAUACUCUGAUAAGCAGCAAACAAGGAACAACCACAGGACUACAGGUAUUUGUAUGUAACUAUCUUCAAAAGCAGUACAGCAGGGAUAUAUAAAAAAACAUGAAAAGCAAAUUAAUAGGAUUUCUUAUGAACUUUUGGAUUUCUUUUUCACUCGCUUUGUAUUUUCACGCUGGAGAAAGAGAAGAGAAAUGCAUAAUUGAAGAUAUUCCCAGCGAUACCUUGGUAGUUGGGAAGUACAAAGUACAACGCUGGGAUAUACAUACGCAUGGCUUUCUUGAAUCUGCUACUGGUUUGGGAAUGUUUGUGACUGUCACAAGCCCUACUAGUGAGGUACUGUUGUCAAAACUGUAUGGGCCACAAGGGACCUUUACUUUUACAUCCUACAUCUCUGGAGAGCAUAUAAUCUGUUUCCAGUCUAACUCCACAAGAUUUGCAGUGAUUGCAGGCAGUAAACUGCGUAUCCACUUGGACAUCAGAGUUGGAGAACAUUUUUUGGAUGAAUCUGCUAUUCAAGCCAAAGACAAAGUGAAUGAAGUUAAUAUCAGACUAGAGCAUCUAAUUGAGCAAAUUCAUCAUGUAACCAGAGAACAAGAUUAUGAAAGAGAGCGUGAAGAAAAAUUUCGGAAAACAAGCGAAGAAACCAACAGCAAUAUUUUGUGGUGGGCUAUAGUACAAACACUAAUCCUUGUCUCUGUUGGAAUUUGGCAAAUCAAAUCUCUCAGAGAUUUCUUUAUAUCUAAGAAGCUUGUUUAAGUUCCAUAAAAUCAAUGCACAGAUUAAAAAAUUGCACACCAUGUAACACUGAACAUCUAAAGAAACCCUGCACCUAUGAGAAUAUUGCUUGUAUAGAAAUCUCAACCUUCUCUCAUUUUCUGUUCUAACUCUGGUUUCUCCAGCUAGGUCACAACCUCUAGCAUCCCCUCACAUUUUGCUCUUUGAAUUCCAUAUUUUACUAUUUUUCCCCCAUCUACAGAUGUAAAGCUAAAUAUAGAAGAGUCAGUGACUAAGGCAGCAUUUAAGUUCAGAACUUAAUGAACAUUUAUUAGGUUAAAUCUAAAAUACAAAUCUAAACUAAAGUUUCUUAAGAUUUUAAAUUACUCUGCUUGCUGAGUAAUCUUAUUUGGCACUACCAUGAACAGUUCAGCACUUCAGACUGACUAGGAUUCAGAUAGUAAACAGAGAAAUAAUUACAUCCCCUGCGGUGUUUAAUUGGGUGAGAGUGUCUUCAACUCAAUCUAUAUAUGUGUAACACCUAAAUAUAAUUGUGAAUGCUUUCUUGUAAAAUAUUCAGAGUUUGAACUGAUCAGUGGUGGCAGCAAUUAUCAUGGAAGAGAGAGACCCAGACAAGCAAUUUGGAAUUAUACUUACUUUUUCUUCCAGAAAAGCCCUUAACAUUAGGCUAUAAAAUUGAUGAUGAUCAGAUGCCUCCCACUGUUGUUUAUGUAAAUUAUAGUCUUUAUGAAGUAUGUCAAAGUAACCUAAAUUAUAGAUUUCUUGGUAAACAAUGCCAAUUUUAUUUUAAUUCAUUCCUGCACUAAAUGUUUCUGUGUUGAGAAUUUUUAAAAUUUUAAUUAUUUAGCAACUUUAAUAUGACUGCCUACAGAAAUUACCAGUUUUUGACUUAAUUUUCCAUUUUACUUAUUGCAGCUUGGUUGCAUAUAUCUUUAUGCCCUAAUAUAGCUAGUUUAUGUACAAAUAGCAGUGUAACUACAGUAUCAUACAAUGACAAGUCAAAUUAGCUUGACAAAACAGUAGUAGUAGUAGGAAGGAGUUGGAAGUGAUUACAUAUAAAAACAUGGAAGUAGAAGCUUCUAGAGCACUGUGAUAGCAGAAUACUGUUUUUUUUCCCCUACCUAUCUUUUUAGACCUUUUGCUAGUUUAAAAGGUAGUGAAAGGUGAAGUUAUCUGUAGACCAAUUAUUGUUCGAAAGGCACUGCUUUCUUUCUUUCUUUUUUCUAUUUUCCCACCUGUUGUUUUCUUUAGCAAGGAAAUGACAUUUUCCUUUAAGUCUACUUAUAUUUCCAGCAUGGGAAUUAAAAUACAGCUGGUAGUCUGUAAGAAUCAUUAAAAUUGAUACAAAGGAGAGACAAAAAAGCAAUAUUCCAGAGACCAAAUCAAUCCAAAUAAAAUCUCAUAAAGCUACUCACUGCAUUGUGUCCUAUAUUUAAAAAUUCGGAUACUUCAGAGGUGCUACUUGGAUUGACCAGUAAGUAAGUGUUAUUAAAUUAACUUCUAUAGAGCACUCACUCACAACAUGUCCUAUAAUAACAUCUUUGGUGGUCGGUAAGAAGGAAAUAUGUGUUAAAACCAUAUGGUAUAUGAAGUCCAAGAAGUAAUAAAGUGUUGUGACAAGGUUGUGGUUCAGCCUUUAGCUGAUAUUUAGUGUAAGGCUUCUAACCACAUCCCAGUGACAAACAUAACUCAUUUCACUUGCAAUACACUCCAGCUGGUAAUCCAGGAGAAGCAACAUUUUAGAAUUCAUAAAAGAGCUGAUCAUGUUUCACCAUAUUAAUUAGGUCUAUACUCAGAGUACAGACUCAGCACUGAGACUUGGGCGUCUUGAAUGUAACUUGUGAUUGCUUAAUUCUUUACUAGUACUAAUGGUACUAUUAUUAUUAAUAAUAAUAAUUAUAAUCAUCAUAUCAUCAUAUCAUCAUCAUCUUUGCUUUUAGGAAAUGUUUUCUGUCUUCUUCAAGAUUUUUAAUUAACUCCAUAAAGCAGAAGCUGACUCACAGCUCUUUUGGGAAACACUUUGGGGGCAGAAGCCUUUGUGAAGUUAAAAGCUUCCUCUGCAGUUUGUGGCUCUGUCACACCCAAAGCUACAGCCUGCACUGUAACUAAGUCUGUAGGGGACUUUCUGCCUAAAAUUUUCAUCACGGGACACUAGCAAGCAAUAGGGACUUUUUUUUUUUUUCCUAAGAAAUGAACAGCGAAUCUCCUUGUUUUGCUCUUUUUCCACAACAGAAGAUGUCACAGCAAACCUGUGAUAGCAAAUGAACAAACUUCCUGGAUUUUUGAAUUUAAAAUAGUGAAAUCCACAAUUAUUUUAUCUGGGUUUUUUGUUUGGUUUUGUUUUUUGUUUGUUGCUUUUUCAAUUCUCCCAGUUGUGUGUAGUAUAUAUAAUUUGCGCUAUUUCUAGUAUGAUAUAUAUGAUAUGGGAUAUUUGUUAGAGUAUAUACGUUUGUAUUAGGAGUUUAUUCCCUACCUUCGCAGGUAAAACUUGGUGUAUGCUGAAACUUGAUUUACAAGUAAAAGGAUGUGGCUUGGUUAGGAGAUGGAUUAUGUCUGGAGAGAUAUGGGGAUGCCCAGGUGCUGAUCAUUGCGUAAAUAACUUGAGAUGGAUAUCAUGGAAAUUUUCGGGCAGAUACAUGUGAAUGUAGUGUUCCCAUAAAUUUCAUUAAGGGAUUUAAUAACUCUAGACACUGAAUUGUUCUUCUUUAUUA